GUCAAAUUGGUGUAUUGUGGUAACCAAAGAAAUCAGAAGUUUCGGAGAAGUGUUUUUUGCGAGGAAGUACUGACCUGCCAAUCAACUAUAGUCUAUUCCGAGCGCCAUCGGCGCUUAAGCUGUGUUUGGUUGCCGGGUUUCUUUCAAUGGUCUCUGGUGAAGGUAACAACUUGAGUAUGGCAAAUAUUGAAGAAAUCAUUACAUGUGGUAUAUGUCUCGAAAGGAUGCUAAACCCGCGGAUGUUACCUUGUCAACAUUCCUUUUGUCUCAAUUGCCUGGCGAGUAUUUUUGCAACUAAAUACAUCGAGAAAAAGACCGAUGGACAUGAUGUGAAGGUUGUUUUUCCCGAUUUUCUAACGGAGAACGGCACCGGCAAGGGAAUAACAGGUUUCAUUAUGAAGUGUCCAACUUGCAACGGCGAAACUCAGUGCUCUCUGCCGUUCCACUCUACCGUGCCAAAGAGCCUAGUUGUGACACAGUUACUACACACAGCCUCUCCACUGCAGGAUGACAACAAGCAACUCAAGUGUGAUUUCUGUCAGGAUUUGAAAACGUCUUUAUACGAAUGUUGUGAAUGUGGUAAGGUGAUUUGUGAAAAGUGCUUUAACUCUGCCCAAGGCAAAGCAUGUAAAGAGGGUUCCCAUUUUGUUUUCAAGCGCCAAAACGACCUGUCACUGUGUCUGAACCACAGUAUUGAGCUGAGGUACCAUUGCAAUGCCUGCAAUAGUCCGCUUUGUUGUGACUGUUUCAUCGAAAACCAUGGGCAGCAUGAUGUUGUCAAGAUUUCUAGAGCUGAACAUCAAAUGCAAAAGAAGCUAGAUACAUGCAAAUCAAUUUCAGAUGGAAACAUAUCUGACUUGGAAGGUUUGCAGAAGAAAUUGCAGGACUAUAAAGAAAGAAUAGAUGGAGUUGCUAAAGAUACCAUGGAAAGACUGAAGCAACAAGAGCUUGCUGUUCAUGGAAUUGUUACAGAUUUAUUUAAAGAUAAGCAAACAGAUAUUCUUGAUCAGGUCUUAUCUUUAAAAUCAGAAGCAGAUAUUUUAUUGUCUAAAAUUAAAGUAGAAGACAACAUGAAAAUUAGAGACAAACUUGAUGAUUUAUAUUCAGUACUUAAAGAAAAACCUUUAUCAGUAAUCAGGCAUGGGGAACGAGUUUCUACUGUUUCAAGCUGCUGCAAUGAACAACAGAAAAUAAUAUUUAAUUUGGAAUGUCAAGUUGGACAAUUAAGAAAAGAAAUUUCACAUGAUUUUGAAGGUAUCUGUAAGGAAAUAGGUGAGUUCUUGUGUUCUGUCAAAGAGAAAAAUGACUUCUCAAAUGAUGUUUAUAAGAAGAAAUUGCAUGAAAGUCAUGUGCUGAAAGAGUUUUUCAGUAACCAAUCAAUCACUACUAGAAGUUGUUCUACCCUUCAUGUUAGUAAUUUGGAUAGUUCUAAAGAAAUGCCACUGAAUAAGGUACAAGAAGAACGUAAUGAGAUCAAGGUCCCUGAUAAUGAGAGGCAAGAAGGAGCAUGUGCAGUUAAUUGGGAAAGUCCGCCCAGAGCAGAUCCUGUUGGACUUACAAGACAGUAUAAAAGUGCUUCUGAUAUGCGGCAUAUAUCUACAAAUGGCACUACCUUGUAUCAAACUCCUGGUUCAUCGACAUCACAUGGAGCAGGACCAAUACCAUCAACAGCAGCAAGUUUUCAAAAUUUAUCCAUAUCAAAUCCUCGGUUUUUUAAAACAAAAGGUCAUUCUACAAGUGCAGAAUCUGGUAUAAGUGGCAACCCAGCAGCUUUCAACCCAUCCGGUCCAAGACCAAAUAGCAUGCAAGCAAAUUGGGUAUGUCAACAAAAUUUGGAACAAUCUAUCUAUGUACCACCACCAAUGAGAGCUGAGAGCGCUGCAAGUGCAUAUGGCAGUCCACGUCCAGUUCGGGACAUUUCAUCGAAAAAGGAACUUAAGAUUAUAAGAAUAACAGAUCCAAAGCAAGGUGGGAAGGACGUGACACAUGAAAUACUGCGCGCAAAGAAGUGAGACACGACUGCAAUCAAUAGGGUAGACAGUAGAUUUCAGAGCUUUUUGAAUUUUUAUAUCCUGUUUUGAGAGAGUUUUUCCUAAUUAUCUUAAUAAAAAUUUUGACGACAUUAAAUGUCAUUUAUUAGCUAGUUCAAACAAUUUUGAAGGUAUAUGAUAAUUGGACCUGAAUUGAAAUAUUCCAACAUAGAUGAAUCAAGUAAUAUGGCUUACUCUUACCCUUGCGCGAGUAAACCAAUGCUUUCCAGUGAGCUACCAGGUUCCUAGCAGUUUUUCGCAAGGUUUCAAACCUAUAAAGUUAGUUUCCAAAAUGGCUGACAAUUUAUUUGAAAAUAUAACCAAGAAAGAGCUUGAAAAGCAGAGCAGUGAACUAAAAGCAGGAGUUAUUCUUCAAACCCGUAAGUUUCAUUUGUUUCCAAGUAAUGAUUAACGAAGGCUUUGAUGGUCUAACAUUAGAUUUUAAUUUUGGCGUCAAAUUUAAAACGCUCUGACCAAACGUUGUGACGCCAUUGUGGACUAUAAAUCAGAAUAGAUGACGUCUCUAAAAUCUAUUUUUAGAGUUUUUGUAUUUUGAUCCCAUAAUCUGAAAGGACACCAUGAAAUACUUCCAAAUAUGCAAAAUUGGCCAAAUAUGUCUCAUGAUGCUCUUUCAUGUUAUGGGAUCAAAAUACGAAAAUUCAAAAAAAUAGAUUUUUGUGACGUCAUCACUUUAGUACUCUAUUGGAGACUGUUAUAAUGUUAACCAUGGAGGUUCAUGGUAAAACGAUUGUCUCAGCAAUAAUUUUUCGUAAGGACAAAGUCUGAAAGGACUUUUUACUUUUUAAUUUUUAUCCUUCUUUAAGAAUUUGCAUUUUAUUUUCAUAUUCCAUUAGUAGUUAGGAUAUUUUUUCGCAAGUAGGGGUUCACCGACUUACUGUCUCUCAUCCUCUACAGAACAAAACCAUCCUUCAAUUUUGUUUUCAACCUAUGCUCAACCAAAAUGCGAAUCUUAUUGACUAUCACUACAAUAAACUUAGUUAUACCAAACAUAAGAGCUUCUGUAAGUAUUUUAAUUGAGGGCCCCUUGAAAAUAAUCAGCAUUGUUAAAGGGUUACCCUCCUUAAACAUUUGAAAUGGAAUGAAUGAAUAAAAUUAAAUACCAUAAACCAUAAA